CAGAGAGGCGCUGCUGCCACCGCCACCACGCUGCCGCUGCCUCAGUUAUGCCGAAGCACGUGUUCUCCGUGGACAUGACCUGUGGAAGCUGUGCUGAAGCUGUCUCUCGGGUCCUUGAUAAGCUUGGAGGAGUUAAGUAUGACAUUGACCUGCCCAACAAGGAGAUCUGCAUUGAAUCUGAGCACAGCGUGGACACUCUGCUUGCAACCCUGAAGAAAACAGGAAAGACUGUUUCCUACCUUGGCCUCGAGUAGUAGGGACCUGGUCCCCACAGCCCACAGGAUGGACCAAAGUGGGCAGGAUGCUGAUCCUCCCCUGGCUUCCAGACAGACCUGGGACUUGGCAGUCAUGCUGGGCAAUGGUGUUCCUGUGGAGACCCUCAGUUGUCCUAUUCCUUCCUAGCUUCCCCGUAAUAAAAUCAAGCUGCUUUUGUUGGG